ACGACGCCGUUGGCCGAAAUAUUCAUUUGUAAUUUUGACACUUUGUACUUUGUACAAAAGGGCUUAGCGUGGCUGGGGUCAAAGACGUAACUGCCCUCAGUCCUUAUUGGUUGCCGCAGCUUCUGCGUCAGCUUACUGAUACUAGCUAGGGUUUUUGGUUCAUCUCCGCUCUUCGCUUUCCCUCUUCCCCGUUCUCUGCAUCGCCCGCACAAACGUCUACGGUGUCGGCAUUGCAUAUAUUCCCCUCCUCAGCAAUGGCGACCAUCGUCCCAACCUCUGAAGAAGAUCCUGCACUAGCGGUUGUCCGCUUCACCUCCGACCUUGCCUGGGCCGAUGCUGGUCCCGAGGUUGCGGAACCACAAGUUACCAGGCUUUGUAUGGAGGCACAGGAAUGCAUGGUGGUAGGAAGAUGGUUGGACUUGGCAUCCUUGAUGCUAGCUUCAGCUGACUUGUUAUUCUCCAAUGCCAAGGUGUCAGAGAAAGACCUUGAAUGCAUCUUCACUGUUAUUUGCAACCUUGUCACGAAGUCUCAAAACCCGAGUGAAGCUCUUGAGAUGGCUAAGCUGAUAUCAGCAAAGAUUGUCCAACAGCCAACUGAGAAGCCUGCACUGCGCUUAAAGAUCUUGUUCAAUUUGUACAAUCUUCUGGAGGAUCCAUAUGCACGGUUCUCUGUCUAUAUGAAGGCCUUGACUUUAGCAUUGAAUGGGAAGGUCGCUGAUCACAUAAUACCAUCACUCAAGAAGAUAGAUGGUUUCUUGAAAGAAUGGAAUCUUGAUGUCAAGGAUAGGAGAGAGCUCUAUCUUGCCAUCUCUAAUGCGCUCAAAGACAGUAAAAGCUCAACUAAGGAUGGCUUCAAAUUCCUGACAAAUUAUUUGACAACUUUCUCCGGUGAGGAUGCACUUGUGAUUGCUGAAGCCAAGGAGGAAGCCGUCCGUGCCAUUAUUGAAUUUGUGAAGGCACCUGACAUGUUUCAGUGUGAGCUGUUAGAUAUGCCAGCUGUUGUGCAGUUGGAAAGUGAUGCCACAUAUGCAUUGGUAUAUCAACUAUUGAAGAUAUUUUUGACUCAGAGGCUUGAUUCCUAUUUGGAGUUCCAAGCUGCGAAUUCUAGCUUGCUAGAAACCUACAACCUUGUUCACGAGGAUUGUAUAGCAAAGAUGAAGUUGAUGUCAUUAGUGGAUCUUGCCUCUACCCCGUCUAGGAAAAUCCCAUAUGCUCUUAUCAAGGAUACACUUCAGGUUACUGAUGAUGAGGUAGAAUUAUGGGUAGUAAAGGCGAUAACUGCCAAGUUGAUUGACUGUAAAAUGGAUCAGAUGAACCAAGUGGUGCUCGUGAGCCGCUGCAGUGAGCGCGUCUUUGGGCAGCACCAGUGGCAAGAACUUAGGGAGAAGCUUGCAACUUGGAGGGAAAAUAUUGCGAGUGUGAUAAAUACCAUCCAAGCUAACAAGAUAGUUGAAGAUGGAGUGCAACAGGCAGCGCAAGGCGUGGCAAUUCGGUAGAAAACUUGGGGUUUUGAGAUGUUGGAUCUUGUUUUAUUUAGACAUGGUUAGUAAGGGGAGCUUAAGAUUUUCAAUUCGGCCAUCAUACUGAAAGUGUUGGAGCAAAUUUUUGAUGCUGUAGUCGUUGCUGUUCUGUUUGAGAAAUAACAAUUUCAGGACUUAGUUGGAUCAGUUGUAUUGUAUGUAUCACCUGUCGAUCAUUUAACGUCUCUACUCUCUAUUGAUCCCUUAUGUUCGUCGCCGGCCAUAUGAUUCCCAACACAAAUCCUCUUAUAGUGACAUAUUGAGAACAAUUUGUAGUAUAGCAGAAGUGACAUGUACUCAUACUUGGAAUGUGAGUCAGCUCAUCUCACUGAUUGGUGAUAUUGGAACGAACGUCAUAAUCACCGGUUUAAUAGUUCAAUUUCGUUAACCAUAGCCUAGAAAGAAAGCAAGCUGCAAACCUGCUUAGAUAAGAGGGAGACUCUCUCGGAGCCAGUGGAGGAAAUUGAUUUGGUUGUCCAAUCCAAGUGCUGCUUCUUCCCCAUCUCCCCCGCCGGACAGCACAAAGCUCAGUGGCCGCCGACCAACAAAAUUCUUCUCUAUCCCGCCACCCAAGUGGUUUUGCGCCGGGAAUCCCCUGCUCUCUUCUUUGUGUGUGGAGAAAAUGGGCCGCUGAUGUUGGUCAAUGCCAAGUGUGCCAAUAUAGUUAUUACGGAACAGUGCUAUAGUUUGAUAAUUAUAGGGCCACGUUUGGUACAAAAGUUUGUAAAAAACUAAAACUUUAUAAGAGAAGGAAGAGAGGACAAAAGGAAAACUGGAAUGAAGGAAGGAGGGAAAGGUAGAUGAAAAUGACGGAAGCUUGGAUUCGAGCAGUCGUUGAAGCCAUCCACUCCACCCCUUCUCAGGCCGUAAUUUAUCUCUCCGGCGGCGCGUCUCAGAGUCUCGGGUUGUUGAUGUCCGUCCCCGGCGCUACCUCUACAGUUCUUGAAGCUCUGGUGCCAUACUCGAGAGUCUCCAUGGUUGAUUUGCUCGGAAAGAUUCCUGCAAGUUACUGUAGCCAGCAAACAGCCGAGGAGAUGGCUUUGUUGGCUUACAACCGGGCUCUUAAGCUCUCUUCCCCUGGUGCUCCUGUUGUUGGUGUGGGCUUCACUGGAUCUCUAGCAAGUUCACGUCCAAAACUUGGGGAUCACAGGUUUCAUUUAUCGACAAGAACAUCUAACCAACUUUACGCAUCAACAGUUACAUUGUCAAAGGGAGUACGAACUCGAGAGCAGGAAGAUACAGUUUCAAGUCAAUUCUUACUGAAGGCCUUAUCAAAAGCAUGCAGAGUUGUCCAGCAAACAACCGGUUCUCCCUUAUCUGAAUCAGACUCAUUGAAUGAACUUGAAAAACAGUUCACAGAAGAUGAAGAGCUACAGCAAGUUAUAGACGGUCAAAUAUGCUUCAAGAUAUACCCAUUCUCAGCUCCGCCAAAUGCUGAGAGGAAGAUCAUACUUCCUGGUUCUUUUAACCCUUUGCAUGAUGGUCACCUCAAGCUUCUGGAGGUCGCUACUAGCCUUUGUGGCAAUGGCUAUCCGUGCUUUGAAAUAUCAGCGAUAAAUGCAGACAAACCUCCCCUUACUGUUUCCCAAAUCAAAGAUCGGGUGAAGCAGUUUGAAAGAGUUGGCAAAACUGUAAUCAUUUCUAACCAGCCCUAUUUUUAUAAGAAGGCUGAGCUCUUCCCUGGCAGUGCUUUCGUCAUUGGUGCCGAUACAGCAGCAAGGUUGAUAAACCCCAAGUAUUACGAUGGAAGCUAUGAAAAGAUGCUUGAGAUCCUUGGAGCAUGCAAAGCAAGAGGAUGCACUUUUCUUGUGGGUGGUCGAAGCACCGAUGGUGUUUUCAAGGUUCUCGAGGACUUGGAGAUCCCGGAGGUGUUGAAGGACAUGUUUGUGCCGAUACCAGCUGAGAUGUUCCGCAUGGAUAUUUCGUCCACUGAAAUAAGGAAGAGUCGAGGGAUGAUGUGAAGAACUUGAUGCAGAUGGAACUCAACAUGUCUUCUGCAGUUUGCAGUAAUAAAAGUUUUUUGUCCAUGCCCUUCUGUUGUACAGGUAGUUUUCAAGUUUGGAUUUCGGGUCCUCUAGUAAAAGUGCACACAGUGAUGAGAUGAGUUCAGAUUUGUAAGCUAUGCAGCUUUCACCCUUGCUACUGAGAAUUCAAGCCCUCAAAUGAGUAUGGAGUUGUUUGAUUAAGGAAAUGGCUACUUGUUCCAGCUGAAGAAAAUGACAGCAUGUUGCAAAGUUCAGAAACUCAACCGAGUUCGGCGACAAAAAAGGGACAUAGCUUAAAUUGUAAAGAUAUGUGGCAUUGAAAUAGGUCUACCAACCAUUCAACUUGCAGCUGACGAUGUAUUUGUACUUGAGCAUGGUCAUUGCUUCAAAGUUUUAGUUUUGCAACGGUCGACCUAUGUUAUAGUUCUGCAUGUGUUCGCAAUUUAAGCAACUUGCUAUCUAGAACGUCUUUUUGUUCUUGAGUUGGAUGAGCAUAUAAAAUGUAUAUGUAUGAUUUAACCUAGGCUACCGUACAUCUACUAAAUCCAGCGUGAAAUUAUGGA